CCAAGCCUAUGCAAUGCUUAUUGAUCAGACUGUUGAUGAGCACGUGGGCGUGGUGUCGCUUGCAUCCACACGUGCAAACAUUUCUUUAAAAGUGUGGGGAAUUAUGCUGGAGGCAUUUGUUGGAUGUUCACUGGGGCAGCAGAGUAUCGACCGUCGCAGCUCUUUUCUGUUGUAGCUGAGCUGGAAAACGGCUAACAUGCUGCCGGACGCCUACGGGUGUGCUGUGGCGAACAGGUUCGGGAAUCUUCUGGAUGAUGACACGGAUCCUUUCGACUUGAUCAACGAAGUGGAAUCAGAAAAGACGAAGAAGAAAAAGAAGAAGAAGGAAGAGGAGGAGAAGAAAGCAAAGCAGAAAAAACCUGGUCAGAAGGAGUCCCAAAGGGACCGACGCCUCCCUAUGGCGCUGGAUGUUCAAGAGCCGGUUCCAGUCCGUAGGCAGCUGCCACGUCCUGCACCUGUGUCUGAGAGUGGGGAGGGCAGAGAAGCCCAGAAGAAAGCUGCUGCUGGGCAACGUAGGGCCAACCAAGAGGAACCCCCACAGGACUUUUCAGUUUCUAGGCUUUCCUAUAAUUCAGACUUUGAUCUCAGAGGCAAAGGGGGGAUCAAAGGUAGGAGAGCAGGAAGAGCUGGAGGAAAUGCAAGGAACCCAGACUACUUUAUUCUGAGGGGCAAGAGGGAAUACGAUCGUCACAAUGGAACAGGUAUACCUCCUGACGAUAAGAGAGGAGGAAGAGGAGCUUGGAACUGGGGCUCUGUUGAAGAAGCUGCAAGUGAAUUCAUGGAUGUGACAUCUCCAAUCAAAUCUGAGUCUCAGAUAUCUGUAGAGGAAGACAGUCCGAAUCAAGCAACGGAGGAGGAGGGAGAGAUGUUAGUCCAGGUUGCUAUGGAGAUGACCCUGGAUGAAUGGAAGGCCAUGCAGGAGAUGAGUCGUCCCAAAGCAGAAUUUAAUAUCCGCAAAGCAGAAGGCAAGAUUCCCUCCAAAGCCAAGGUCAUCCACAAGUCAAAGCAUGUGGAGACCAUCAAGGCAAAUAUGGAAGAUGAAGGAAACUUCCUUCGCAGGUCUGUGAAUGAUAUCACCUCCCUCUUGGACAUCAAUUUCGGGAGCCUUGGACGUCCCACUCGUGGGGGCCGAGGAAGAGGAGCACGAGGUGGUCCUAGCAGGCGCCCAGAGAGUGUCAAACCAAUAUUGGAGAGGGCAACACAUCGGCCACACCGUGCCCAUGAGGCUGCAGCAGAACACUACCACCUGCCUGACAUGGGACAACAAAAGCCAAAGCCAUAUGGGUACAUUGGCAGAGGCCGGUCAACCAUACUCUGCCAUACUGACCAACCUUCCACAGCUUUGAAUUAUAUGGACACAAAUGAUGUGGACUUGGGCAGAAAAACAACAAUAGAGGAAAUUUUAAUAAUCUUUUAAUGAUGUUGUUGUUCGGUAGAGGGUUAGGUUUUGCACUUUAGCACCCCCCACUGGCAUAGAGCUGGAAGCUCACGUCAUAGUUGUCCACCUACGGCUGAUCUUUUCUUUUCUUUUUUUUUUCCUUCUUCUUUUUUUAAAGAAUAAGAAAAGCUAAUCAAUAUAUGUUGUCUCAGCUACAAAGUUUAUCUAUAGAAAAGCUUUCUGUUGACUUAAAUGAGUGACCUAGUUACACUGAUUUCAUGAUAACCUAGUGACAGAUAAGCUCUAUAUUGACUUGGCUUACAUAUGCUUUUGUCCAAACUGAACUUUUUUAAGCUUCUGACCAGAGAACACAGCUUACACACCAUCAGCACUGUAGCAAAAGAUUUUCAUAGAGCUAUCAUCUUUAGCUUCCACAUCGUUCAUGCCUUUCUAAAUUCAACCCACAAAACAGUUAUUCCUGGAAAAGUGUAUCUCAGAUAACUAAAAUCCAACCCUCCAAACAACUGUGUCACUUUGUGCCUAAGUAUCUGGGCUACCACUUUCUCAUCUUAUUGUUUAUCCUCACUGAUUACACAUGAUAAUAGGAUGACUUUAUUAUACUCGAUCCGUAUGAGAUGACAUUUGAAAAAAGAAAAAUGGUUAUUAAAAUAAUGCAGAUAUUCCAAAUGGUUUAAAGUACAGUAUUAGGAUGAAAUUGUAUGGCAUGGUUAAAUGAGGGCAGCCCUGCCAAAUCCUCAAACCCGACUCCCAAAGCGGACUACCUGGAAGAAGUUACUGAGGAAGACAGAAAGCUUACCCAACGAAAUGAUAAAUGUAACCAAAUAAAUCCUACAUGAUCACUUCCUGGUCAUCUUUUUUUUCAAAGCAUGAGGUACUUAUGCUUUGAAAAACACUACUGUAUACAUGUAAUGAUCCAAGGGACUGAUUCGCUCAUUUUACUGUACUACAGCACAAUGGUGUGAUGCAUGAUGAGGCUUGCAGGCUGCCUGGAU